AUGGUUGAACAUAAAUAUGAAGAAAUAUAAAGAUUUGGAUUGAUUGUAUUUAAUACUUAAAUGCCAGAAGAGAGUAAUGAAAGAUUUCAAUGGUUAUUAGAAUUAUGCAGUAAAGUAAAUAAAUAUAAAAAUAAUGAUUCAAAUAUACUUGAAUUCUUUAAAUCAAAACCUAUUUAGAUAAAAAGAAAAUAAUAAAAAAAAAGAAGUCUUUCAACAUUUAGUUAAUUAUUAAAAAUGUCAUGUAUUGAAGAAACUAGAACUCAUAGUAGAAAUACUGUAACAUCUAAAUAAAAAUAAUAUACUUAAAUAAUAUUAGAAAAUUCAUCUAAAUUUUGUGAUUUAAAAACAACUAGAGAUUUUAUUGAUUUAUUAACUUUGUUAAAUUAUAGAGAUAUUAAAAAAGUUGGAUCUGGUGCAUAAUCUUAAGCAUUUAAAGCUCUAAAUUAAUAAGAUCAUUAAGUGGCUGUGAAAAUAUCUUAAAACACAUAAGAAAAUCUAUUUGCAGCAUUAAUGUAAAGAUAAUUGAAUUAAGAAGUAGCAGAAAAUUUAGUAGGAAAUUAUUUAUUUUAAUAUCAAAUCUUAGAAGUAGAAGACAUAUUAAUAAUAGAAGAAGAAUUGGCAUAAAAUACAUUAGAAGAUUUGAUUGGGAGAAAAUAGAAUUUGAAUUAAAAUUUCACAAAUUAUGAAAUCUUAUAAAUCAUCAAAGAUAUUGUUGAUUAAUUAUACAAUCUGCAUAUUGGAAGAUGUAAGUAAUUUACAUUAAUAUAUAUUAGAAUCAUCACAUAAUGAUAUUAAACCAGAAAACAUUUUGAUACAAGAUGGUAAAUUUAUAUUACAUGAUUUUGGAGCAAUUAGAUAAGUACCAAAAGAUUAAAACUAAGUUGAAAUUAAUUAAAUAUUUGGUACAAUAUUAUAUAUGUCUCCAUUAAAAUUUGAACAUUAUCUAUCAACCAAUUAAAAAUAAUAACUUGAUAUUCAUAUAACACAUACUAUUGAUACUAUCUCUAAUAAUUUUAAACAUAAUCCAUUUAAAUCAGAUAUCUAUUCUUUAGGAUUAGUUCUUUUAUAAUUAUUACUUCAUAAUGAUAAAAUUAAUUUAAGAAAAUAAAUUGAAUGUCUCUUUUAUGAAUAAAGAUAAUAAAAUUUACCUACUUUAAUUGAAAAAUAUGAAAUUUAUAUUUAUCCUGAAAAAUUCUUUAUAUUUGAUUAAAAAUUAAAAAGAAUUAAACCUUUAUUAAAAUUACUCUUAGAUGAAAAUGAAGAAACAAGAAUAUCUACUAUUGAAUUAGCAACUUUAUUGAAUUCAUAAAUUUCUGCAUCUAUUCAAACCUCUUUUACUUAAUAAUUUGUACCUGCAAUCUGGAAAUCAGAAUAAGAUAAUUUCUAAUUAGCUUAUAGUUUUAAAUCUCAAAUUUAUUAAGGUUCAUAUAAUAAGGAUAAAUAAGAAAGAGAAGGAUUUGGAAUUAUGUAUAAGGCACCUAAAAAUGAUUAAAUAUUUAAAAUUUAAAGACAUAAGAAAGAUAAGAAAUCUAUUCUUGAUGAAGAUUAAGAUUUUGAAAUGAGUUAAGUUACAUAAUUAUAAGAAUCUAAAUAAAUUAAUAGUGCAAAACAAAGUUUAGUCUAAAAUUAAUUGUAAAUACUUUAUUCUGGAUAUUGGCUUAAGAAUUUACCUCAUGGAAAAGGAGAAUUACAUAUAUACAAUACAGUAAGUGAUCUGAAUUAUAAGGAAGUCAAUAUUGAUUAUGGCAAACUUAUAUAUAAAAUAGAUGAUCAUCAUGAAGAACAUUAAUUAACAAUUAAUUCAUAAUUCUAUUAUGGUUUAUUAGAUUCUAAAACUACUAUUAAUGGAAUAGAAACUUCAUUUGUUCUAAAUAUAAGUGAAAGAUUGGCUGAAGAAUAAUUCAUAAUUGAAAAGAAUUAUUAUAAAUUCGAAUUUGAUUCAAUUACUCAAAAAUAUUAUGGAUAUUAAUAACCUUAUGAUUUUACUGUUAUUGAUUUAAUGAAUUUAAAUGAUACAAAAAUCAUUUGUCUAAUAAUUAAUAGAUUUAUAAGGAAUCUCAAAAAUAAAAUAUCUCAUUUCGAAAUUAGAAGAUAUGUAAUAGAAAAAUAGAUUUUUCUUAAAGAUAAUCAUAAUAAUUAUAUAUACAUAAGAUUUGAUGGAUAAAAUUCUAAGGAUGUUCAAUAAAAAGAAUAAAAAGAUGUAUAAAAUAGAAAACUUAUCUAAUCUCAAAUUGUUUAAACAAAAUCUACAACUGGUUGUUGUGUUAAACAAAAUAAGAAAGUUAAUCAAAAUUAAUAAAAGGAAAUAGAAAUAUCAUCAGAUCUAUUAGAAUCAUAAAUUGUUUUAGAAUGUCUUAAUUAAUAAAAAUCAAAUGUAAAUGAAUUAAUUCUAUAGACUACUUCCUUAUCUUCUCAAACAUUAGAAUGGUUAUUUGCAGAUGAUAUGAUUUCUCAGGUAUUUUUCUCAUUUUUAUUAAUAGAUUGAAAUAUUAAGUUUUAAUAAUUCAUAAAUCAAAGAUUAUUAACUUAAAUUGAUUUUGAUGAGUUAAUCUGUUACAUAAGUAAGAGAUUUAGAUUUGUCUUAUACUUAAUUAUCCAUAUAAACAGUGACUGCUUUAGUAAAUUCAGAUAAUCUAAAUAAACUUCAUAAAUUAAGAAUGGCUGGAUGUUAAGGGUGUUAAUAAUUUGAAGAUUUCAUAAUUUGUGAUAAAGCUUAAAAAUUAAUUCUAUUAGAUAUCUCUAAUAAUAAGUGGGUUGAUACUGAUCUUCUUAAAUUAUUUACACCUAUCUAUUUACCCAAUCUGAGUCAAUUAAAUUUAAAUAAGACUUCAUUAAAAGAUAAAGAUCUAAAAAAGUUUUAAGACACACCUUUAGGUAAAAAAGUGAAUCUAAUAUCAUAAACUUCAAAAUAAUGGGAAUAACAAAUAAUAGAUUUUAAGAUAUCUAUACAUACAGCAAAUAGUCUAUUUGAGAAUAUUAGAAGUUUAGAAAAGUAUGGUUAUAUGUCUUAAAAUGAUAUGGAAGAGAAUAACUAUAUUAAAGAUGAAACUCUUAAAAGGAUAGCUCAUUCAUAAGGGUUAUAGAAUAUAGAAUAUUUGAAUUUAAAGAAUCAGGAUAUUACUCAUUAUGGAAUGAAACAUUUUCUAUAAUCCUAAUUUAUUACUAAUAUCAUAUCAAUAAAUUUAUCAAAUACUAAAAUUAAUGGUGAAGAUUUAAAAUUAAUUUAUUCUUCUAAAAUUUAACAUUUGAAAAUUUUAAAGUUAAAAAAUUGCAAUCAAAUUGUUUUUGAUGAUUUAUAACUCUUUUUGAAAAAUUAUAAAGCAGCUUAUCUUUAAAAAUUUUAUAUAAGCAGUAAAUAAAUAUCUACAAAGAAACUUGUUACUGAAUUGAAGAAUCUAUAAUCAUUAACUUAGACUUAAAUCAUAUUUAAUGAGUAUAAAUUAUUAUUAGUAUAGUUAAGAAAAAUUAAUUGAUAUUUCUAGUUUGCUUACAACUAUUCUGACUUGGGUAGCAAUUUUGAUAAGCAAAUAAAAACUUUAAAAAUUAACCUUAGAUAUAAGAGAUUGUCAAAGAAUCAAUAAUGGAUUUGAUAUAUUUUUAAAAGAGAUCUAAUCAUUAAAAGGAGAACAUUAUUGCACACUUAUAUUUAAAAUCUCUAAGUAAUUAUUAUUUAUUUAUUAAAGUUCCUCCUUAUCAACAGACAUCAUAAAACAGUUGGAAUAGAAUUACAAAUUAAUUUAUUUUGUUUAAUGA